CAAACAAUGUAUGUUUGAAUGUGUGGCCAAUAAAGCAAGUUUCUUACGUCAUUAUUAAGCACGGGUAAGCGUAUCUUAUCUGCAGUAUAUGCCCCAAAGCUUUUAUCGCAGCGGAGAAUCAAUUGGUCUGGAAGAGUGAUUGGGAACAAUGUACAUACUUAUAUAAAUGAGUGUACGUGAUUAUUCAGUCAGUUAAUGCCGCAAUAACGCUUAAGAGCAGUGGGUGUACCCAAGCAGCCAGCAAAGUAAGCAGACUUACGCGUAUUUUGUCUUCGUUAGGACUUUACAGUGAUAUUAAAUAUUAUAAUAAUUAAAAUAACCAAAUCAAAGCAAUGACAUCGAAAUUGAUCUUAUAUGGCACGAAAAAGAGCACACCGACACGUACCGUCUUGCUCACGCUUAAAGCACUCGACUUAGACUUUGAAUUUCGUGAGGUGAACAUCUUUGCCAAAGAACAAAUGCAGCCGGAAUUUGUAGAGAAGAAUCCCCAGCACACAGUACCCACGCUUGAGGAUGGUGCACACAUACUUGUGGACUCGCAUGCCAUUGCCGGUUAUCUGGUACGCAAGUAUGGCAAGGAUGACACACUCUAUCCAGCUGAUUUCUAUGCGCGCGCCGUAGUGGAUCAUCGUCUAUACUACGAAGCAGCCACAUUGUUUGCCACUUGCAUGAAGCAAAUCACCGGUCCACUCUUUCAACAGAACAUCACCGAUAUACCAAAAGAAAAGUUCGAGCAAAUACGAAAUGCUUACACUUUGCUGGAAAUAUUUCUUACUAAAAGCACAUAUAUGGCUGGUGAGCAUUUGACCAUCGCCGAUUUCAGCAUUGUUUCGACGGUCAGCGUAUUAAGUGCCACAUUUGUAGCUGUCGACAGUAACAAGUGGCCGAAGUUGGCGGAGUGGCUGAAGCGUAUGGAGGCGCUUCCUUACUAUGCGGAAAUCUCGGACGCUGCUUUGAAGGAAUACGCGGAACUGGUGCACAACAAAUUGCCGAAGCAAUAUGAAAAAUUGUGGAAGAAGGCAUAUAAAGAAAUCAAAAGCAGUAGACAGUGAGUGAGCGCGAGUGGUUUCAAUUUGAGCGUCGU